UCAAACUAAAUUUUAUGAAAUGUGUAUUUUUAAUCUCACUUGUACAAUUUCCGCUUCAUAAUAUGUACCACAGAUUUAUAUCUAAAUCCGCAUGUAUGUAUUCACUAAAAUACGUCUACAUACUAUCAUUUUUAAAUAAAUCUACAACACUUUUCAUGAAACAUUAUUAUUCGAGGUUACCUGAUAACUUUACUGGGCGCGAACUAGUACAGUUUUUUCGUUUUGUCCCCGUUACGUGGACACCAAAGGAGAUGUGUCGCUGCCACGUCACCCUGCAUUUCUACUCCCCACUCUGCUUCCUCUUCAUCCACCCAACACUGCUUCCUCUUCCUCGACCCAGCAUAUCCCACCCUGCUUCUUCGCCGAGACCAACGCAUACCACACCAUGCACGACUCCUUCCCAUCGCCGGCUGGUCGGUGGAGGGGAAUUUCCUAUGGGAUGAAGCUACCAACAACAACGUUUUGGUCUGCUUAGGGUCCUCACCGGCGGCAGCCACAAGCAGGGAGGUGGUGGAGAAGAAGCGAGCUGAACACAAACCGUGACAUCGGUUCAUAAGUUCGCGAGAGCAGACCAUGUCUGGAUCCCACACCAGUUCGCGAGAGCAGGUCAUGUCUGGAUCCCACAUCAGGUCGCCCACUCCAAUCAACAUGAGGCGAUUCCACCUUGGAGGUGCUCGACGAAAUGCCUCUAAGAUACAAAAGCGUGUUCUUGCGUCUGUAAGGCCUGCUUCAUCUUUCCCGCCAAAAAAGGUCUGCUUCAUCCGUGGGAUGAUUUCACCAAAACGAGAGGGGCUUGCUGGAGGAGGACUUUCUACGGAGUCGAGUAAACUUUGGGAUCCUCCCCUGCGGUGGUGGCGCAUAAAGAAAUGGCAGGAAUGGGAGAACAAGAAAUAGAUGUUCAGCGAACUGAAUACAAAUCAGCCCUCGACAGCGGAGCAGACCGGCUCUAGAUCCUGCGUCAAAUGGCAUGUGGCGCCUUGCCUUGGACGUGUUGGACGAGAGGCCAAGCCAAACGCAGCAGAGAGUUUUAUUGGGCGGCUCGCCUCCAACAACAAGAAAACCAUCAACAUACUCCGAAGCGUCAACGGCAUCCUCAAACCAUCCAGGAUGACUCUUCUUCUUGGACCUCCUUCUUCAGGAAAGAGCACGCUUAUGAGAGCGCUUACCGGCAAGCUUGAUAAAAGCCUCAAGGUAUCUGGCAACAUUACGUAUUGUGGCCACACGUUCUCGGAGUUCUACCCCGAGAGGACCAGCGCAUAUGUCAGUCAGUAUGACCUACACAACGCGGAGAUGACCGUGCGAGAGACACUGGAUUUUUCCAGGCGCUGCUUGGGCGUCGGUGCCAGAUAUGACAUGCUCACGGAGCUCGCUAAGAGGGAGCGCAACGCGGGCAUAAAGCCGGACCCUGAGAUCGACGCAUACAUGAAAGCUACCGCGGUGCAGGGGCAUGAGAGCAAUAUUGUAACAGAUCUUACUCUGAAGGUCCUUGGGCUUGAUAUUUGUGCUGAUACCUUGAUCGGUGAUGACAUGAUCAGAGGGAUUUCUGGUGGGCAAAAGAAACGUGUCACAACUGGGGAAAUGUUAACAGGACCUGCAAGGGCUUUGUUCAUGGAUGAAAUCUCCACUGGUUUGGAUAGCUCUAGCACGUUUCAGAUUGUAAAGUAUGUGAAGCAAUUGGUCCAUGUGAUGAAUGAGACCGUGAUGAUCUCCCUCCUACAGCCACCACCUGAGACAUACAACUUGUUUGAUGAUAUUAUUCUGCUAUCAGAUGGAUACAUAGUGUACCAUGGGCCACGUGAGAACAUUUUGGAAUUCUUUGAAGCUUCUGGUUUUCGGUGCCCUGCUAGGAAAGGAGUCGCUGACUUCCUUCAAGAGGUCACUUCCAAGAAAGACCAACAACAAUACUGGUACCGUGAACAGGAACAAUAUCGUCCCGUGUCAGUCCCCAAGUUUGCUGAGCUUUUCAAGUCAUUCCAUGUAGGUCAGCAGAUGCUCAAGGAGAUGCAAAUCCCUUUCGAAAAGUCCAAAACCCAUCCUGCCGCGUUGACCACCAAGAAGUAUGGCCUAUCCAACAAGGAGUCACUCAAGGUAGUGAUGUCGAGAGAGCUGUUGUUGAUGAAGCGCAACUCGUUCAUCUACAUCUUCAAAGUCUCCCAGUUGAUCAUCCUUGGGCUCAUGGCCAUGACUGUGUUCCUCAGAACAAAGAUGCCCAGUGGGCAGAUUUCUGAUGGUACCAAAUUCUUUGGAGCCCUGACUUUCAGCUUAAUCACCAUCUUGUUCAAUGGGUUUGCUGAGGUACAACUAACCAUAAAGAUGCUUCCUACGUUCUACAAACAAAGGGAUUUCUUGUUCUUCCCCGCAUGGACCUGGGGACUGGCAAACAUCAUCUUAAAAAUUCCUGUUUCGCUUAUGGAGGCUGGGGUAUGGGUCGCCCUCACAUACUACGUGAUGGGCUUUGCACCUGCUGCAGGAAGGUUCUUUCGCCAGCUUUUAGCUUUCUUCGCAACUCACCAAAUGGCAAUGGCUUUGUUCCGAUUUCUGGGUGCUGUUUUGAAAUCAAUGGUUGUGGCCAAUACUUUUGGGUUGUUUGUGAUCCUUAUUAUUUUCAUAUUUGGAGGAUUUCUUAUCCCUAGAGGUGACAUCAGACCAUGGUGGAUAUGGGCAUACUGGUCAUCUCCUAUGAUGUACAGUCAAAAUGCAAUAUCCGUCAAUGAAUUCCUUGCCAGUAGGUGGGCCACUCCAAACACCGACACUUUUAUUGAUGCACCAACAGUAGGCAAGGCUCUUCUUAAGUCGAAAGGACUUUUUACUACUGACGGGGGCUUCUGGCUUUCCAUAGGAGCCAUUAUAGCAUUUGCAAUUCUGUUCAACAUCUUAUACAUUUUGGCCCUUACAUACUUGAGUCCUAGUGGCAACUCAAACACACUAGUUUCAGACAUAGAGAAUGAGUCAGAAGACAAUGUAUCAUCUACUAUGGCAUCUUCAAUAUCCAUGGUUUCUGUAGGUCCUAAUGGAUCCACAAAUAGGCCAACUCAGUCAGGAUUUGUCUUGCCUUUCCAGCCUCUUUCACUUUCUUUCAACCAUGUAAACUAUUAUGUGGACAUGCCUGCGGAAAUGAAGGAGCAAGGAUUUGCAGAAAGUCGUCUCCAGUUGCUCACUGAUAUCAGUGGUGCUUUCAGGCCAGGUGUUCUGACGGCAUUAGUUGGCGUGAGUGGAGCUGGAAAGACCACUCUAAUGGAUGUCCUGGCAGGAAGGAAAACUAGCGGGUCUACUGAAGGAAGCAUCACCCUCUCUGGUUACCCUAAAAAACAAGAAACUUUUGCCCGCAUUAGUGGCUAUUGUGAACAGAAUGAUAUCCAUUCACCAAAUGUUACUAUAUACGAGUCCAUUCUCUACUCAGCCUGGCUGCGUCUUUCAUCAAAUGUCGAUGACAAAACGAGAAAGAUGUUUGUGGAGGAAGUCAUGACCCUUGUAGAGGUUGAUGUGUUGCGUAAUGCCAUGGUUGGUCUUCCUGGAGUUGACGGGUUAUCGACUGAACAAAGGAAGAGAUUGACAAUUGCUGUGGAGCUGGUAUCAAAUCCUUCAAUCAUAUUCAUGGAUGAACCAACUUCUGGUCUUGAUGCUAGGGCAGCAGCGAUUGUCAUGAGGGCGGUGCGAAAUACAGUCAACACUGGGCGUACUGUGGUUUGCACAAUCCAUCAACCCAGCAUUGAUAUAUUUGAGUCUUUUGAUGAGCUUCUACUUUUGAAAAGGGGAGGGCAGGUUAUUUAUGCUGGUGAUCUUGGUCGCCACUCUCAUAAACUGGUUGAAUAUUUUGAGGCAAUUCCAGGUGUUGAAAAGAUUACAGAAGGAUAUAAUCCUGCAACAUGGAUGUUGGAAGUUAGCUCCCCUCUAGCCGAGGCUCGCUUGGAAGUAAAUUUUGCUGAAAUUUAUGCUAAUUCCGCUCUUUAUAGGAAAAACCAAGAAAUUAUUAAGGAAUUAAGCAUUCCCCCGCCAGGCUAUGAGGAUCUCUCAUUUCCUACAAAGUAUUCUCAGAACUUCUACAACCAGUAUGUUGCAAACUUCUGGAAACAAUACAAAUCUUACUGGAAGAAUCCACCGCACAACGCCAUGCGCUAUCUUAUGACUUUGCUCAAUGGUCUUGUAUUUGGCACGGUGUUCUGGCAGAAAGGAACAAAACUAGAUUCAGAGCAAGAUUUGUUCAAUCUACUUGGAGCCACUUAUGCUGCGGUCUUCUUUCUUGGGGCUGCUAAUUGCUUCACGGUUCAACCUGUUGUGGCAAUUGAGCGAACAGUUUUCUACCGUGAAAAGGCGGCGGGGAUGUAUUCUCCAUUAUCCUAUGCAUUAGCUCAGACAAGCGUGGAGAUCAUCUACAACAUCGUCCAGGGGUCUCUAUACACACUCAUCAUCUAUCCGAUGAUUGGAUAUGAGUGGAAAGCUGACAAGUUCUUCUACUUCCUGUUCUUCAUUAUCUCAAGCUUCAACUACUUUACAUUGUUUGGCAUGAUGUUGGUGGCACUGACCCCAUCCGCGAUGCUCGCAAGCAUACUGGUAACCUUUGCGUUACCUCUGUGGAACCUGUUUGCUGGAUUCCUUGUCGUCAGGACGAUGAUACCAAUCUGGUGGAGGUGGUACUACUGGCUCAACCCGGUGUCCUGGACCAUCUAUGGCGUUGUUGCAUCGCAGUUUGGCGAGAACACGGGUACUCUUACGGUCCCCGGUGGGAAACCGGUUUUGGUGAAGCAAUUUCUGGAUGACAAUCUGGGAAUACGGCACGAUUUCCUGGGCUACAUUGUGCUAGGGCACUUUGCCUACAUCGUCGCCUUCUUCUUCAUGUUUGGCUAUUCCAUCAAGGUCUUAAACUUCCAGAAACGUUAGGCAGUGUGUCGCUACGAAGCAAUCUAGUGCGUGCAUACGAAGCAGUCUAGUGCAUGUGUGUGUGAGCGUGUGUAUAUUACUAGUAUAUAAUAUGGGAGAAGUCAAUUUUUGUCUGUUAACUAUUAUUGCCAGAAUCUCAGUUUAUGUACUACUGUAUACAGAGGGAUAUUCAUGACCUUGAGUGUGAAAUUGGUACAUAUUUCGUCC